UUUCUUAUACAGAGAGUUAGAUCGCAGACUCAAACUGGGAGAGAAGAUGGCCUCCAGGAUCUGUAACAGUGUUUUGGUGACCGGCUCUAACCGUGGCAUUGGACUGGAGUUGGUGUGUCAAUUGGCCGGGUCACCCUCACCCCCAACGCUGAUCUUCGCCGGGUGCAGAGACCCAGCAGGGCCCAGAGCACAGGAGCUCAGAGUGCUCGCUCAGAAGCACAAGGAUGUGAUUACCAUCAUUCAGCUUGACACCUCUAGCCCGGAUAGCAUCUCCCAGGCUGCUAAGAUAGUGGGAAGCAAGUUGAAGGAUGGCAGUUUGAAUCUGAUCAUCAACAAUGCCGGCGUGAAUGUCCAUCUAGAGCUGUCAAACACUGGAGACAAGGAGAUGGUGGAUACGUACCGGACCAAUGUGGUGGGACCCAUGUUUGUUGCAAAGGACUUCCUCCCAUACUUGCGCAUGGCAGCAUCACAGGCCGCUGAUCAGACGAGCAUGUCAUGCCGGAGAGCAGCUGUCAUCAAUGUCUCCACACUGGUGUCUUCCAUCCAGAAGUGCCCUGAGACGUUUGCCAUGGCCCCAAUGUAUGCAUACCGCAUCAGCAAGGCUGCCCUGAACAUGCUGACUAAAUGUUUAGCUGAAGAUUUUAAGAAAGAUGGAAUUCUUGUCAUGGCAAUUCAUCCCGGCUGGGUGAGAACUGACAUGGGGGGUCAAGAGGCCCCUGUUCUGCCAGUAGACAGUGUGAAGGGCAUGCUGAAAGUGAUCUCCUCCCUUACUGAGGAAGACAGUGGAACUCUACUGGACUGGGAAGGCAACGGCAUCCCAUGGUGAUACUGAAGAAGUAAUACAACAAGGCAUUUCCAUUAUUGCACUAUACAUAUACUAUUGUCUUGAAACAUGUUUAAAAUGUUAAACAAUUUUGAUUAGCUUGGUGACAUUUUGGAUUUUUCAUUUUGGAAACUUAGGAGUGAUUCAGCCCUGUCCUUUAUUCUAUAAACGCUGCAAACAAAAGGAAUAAAACAGCACAGAUAAUUGUCAUUUUUAGGCAUUGACCAGGUUUGGUGUACAACGCAAACAAUAAGAAUGUAAACAUUAAUGCACUCUACACACUUAAAAAACGGCUCUUCAAGGGUUCUUUAGUAAAGAAAAUGGUUCUAUAUAGAAGCAUUCUUUAGGUUGAUGGACAAUGCACUUUAGAUAGUUCUAUAUAGAACCAUUUUAUAAAUCAUUCUAUAUAGUACCAAGAAGGUUUCUUCUACUGCAUUCCGUUGUCAUUUGUUAAGUACUGACACCUGGAAGUUACUCUAAAGUACUGAUUAAAGAAUAUGA